ACGGCAACGGCGACGGCGACGGCGACGGCGACGACGGCGAGGACGACGACGACGACGACGACGACGCCGCCGCCGGAAAGCAGAAGGAUAUCGGUCGCGUCGGAUACUCGAGUCUGUUCGUAGUAGCGGCGUACAUCGGCGUUGGUUGUAGUAGUAGUAAUAGUAAUCAUAGUACGCGCCGCGGACUAAUUCUUCCGGUCUGCACGUCGUGAACAUCUAGUGAAAAAGCAAUUCGGAACGCAGCAGCGAGUACAGGAAGAGAAGGGGACGCAGGAAACGGGAAACUAAAGAAAGAGAGGCAGUUGGUGAAAGAUCGAGUACCGCGGUCACGCAGGUAGGUCCAUCCAGAGGGAGGCAUCGGCAAGGAGCCGCUCCUCAUCGCCGCCGCUCCAGCAUGACCCAGCCUUAGUACGGCUCCUCUGUCGUACACCCUCCGCGGCGCGACACGAUACGACACGUAGAAGAAGGUGGUGGAGGAGUCGGAGGUGGUGCUGGCGGUGGCAGCAGGGACGGAGGGGGUCAGGGAGAGGGUGGAAGACGCCGAGGAGGACGGAGAAGAAGAAGAAGAAGGUGGCGAAGGAGGAGGAGGAGGACGGAGGCCUCGCUAACGACGGCGAACGUCCCCGUGGGUGCGAACCAACAGCAGCACCACCGCCGACGACGACGAUGAUCGUGACGGGCGGCGAUCGGCGUACGUGUUGGAGGCGGAGGCGCCGAUUGGCGGUGGUGGCCUUGCUUUCCGCGGUUUUGGCUCUCGCGAUGGGUCCCUCGUCAUCCUGGGGCCACAGACCGGCGCCGAACAAUCCGAUAAUACUCCACACUACGAGCAGCACAGUCAUGCCUAUUUUCGUGCGGUUGAGCAAUGGUACCAACGUGUAUAAUAGCAACAAUAACAACAACUUUGGUGGUAACGCCGCGGGGUUCGACGGGCACAAUAAGACUAGUGAGAACGAAACGGAUGUCAAGAGGCCGCUCUUUCCCGAGGAUCUGUUCACCACUGAUCAACGACGCCGCGGCGCCGUGAUACUUCAUAUACUCGGCGUAGUGUACAUGUUUGUAGCAUUGGCAAUCGUCUGCGACGAGUUUUUCGUACCAUCGUUAGACGUAAUCAUCGAGAAAUUCGAGAUCGCCGACGACGUGGCCGGUGCUACCUUCAUGGCGGCCGGUGGAUCAGCACCCGAACUCUUUACAUCGAUUAUAGGCGUGUUCGUGUCGUUCGAUGACGUCGGUAUCGGCACUAUCGUAGGUUCCGCCGUCUUCAACAUCCUCUUCGUGAUCGGCAUGUGCGCUAUAUUCUCGCGUACGGUAUUGUCGCUCACAUGGUGGCCUCUAUUUCGCGAUUGCACUUUCUACAGCGCUAGUUUGCUCACCCUGAUCUACUUCUUCCGCGACAGUUAUAUAUACUGGUACGAGGCGCUCGUGCUGUUUGGAUUCUACUUGGCGUAUGUGAGCUUCAUGAAGUGGAACCAGCCAACGGAGAAGCUCAUCAAAAGGAUACUCUACAGAAACAGGGUGACCCGGGUCAGGUCUACCGAUCAGCUGAUGCCCUCGCACCAGAGCGCCGCCCAGGCAUUGCAGCAUCCGAACGCGACCAACAGUAGCGAGACGAGCGUGGGUGGCGUGUCGGGUGCGUGCGGAAGCAGCGGCAUACCGGCGCCCGGGGAGGCCGGAUGCAGCAGCCGGGGUGGCAGCAGUAGCGGUGCUGGAGGCGGUGGCGGCGGCAGUGGCGGCGGCGGUGGUGGCCCAGGAUCAGGACAGCGUUGCGACCAGGGCCGUGGCGGUCCGUCUUCUCAUACGACACGGGAGAGCCACGCCAAGUUUCGGCACGGUCUGCUGCAGCUUAUGAUCCAUACGAUCGAUCCGCUCCACGACGGCAAGGUGGACGAAAAGGCGACGCAACUGCACGCGAUAGCAUCGCUGAAGGUGUUGCUGGAUGCCACCAAGCCGCACAACGGCGCCGCGACGUCAACCGCCGCCCAUUACUCCGGCGCGCCCUCGAAGGAGACGACUCUGCAGCUGCAGCAGGGCUCGCAAGGCACCACCACCACUACCACGACUACGACAACCACCGCCGGCACUACCGCCGGUAUUCAGGAACUUCCGAACGGCGGUAUCGCCGCCGGUCUCGAUGCUGGCCUCGAUUCGGGCGAAGAGGACGAACCUCCAGAGGCCUUGGAUAUGGGUUGGCCCAGCAGCCAGAAAAGACUAACUUACAUUUUGGUCGCGCCAAUCUUAUUUCCCCUUUGGUUGACGUUACCAGAUACGAGAACACCUAGAGGGAAGAAGUUCUUCCCGAUAACGUUCAUCGGCUCGAUUUUCUGGAUCGCGGCGUAUUCGUACCUGAUGGUCUGGUGGGCGAACGUCGCCGGCGACACGGUGGCUAUACCGCCGGAAGUGAUGGGCCUGACGUUCCUCGCAGCUGGCACCAGCAUACCGGACCUCAUCACAAGCGUCAUCGUGGCGCGGAAGGGAUACGGCGAUAUGGCCGUGUCGAGUUCCGUCGGCAGCAACAUCUUCGACGUGACUGUUGGGCUUCCGGUUCCGUGGCUCCUGUACGGUUUGAUCUACGGGAAACCCGUGGAGGUGAACUCCGUUGGCAUGGUGUGCAGUAUAGCAAUACUGUUCUGCAUGCUGCUGUUCGUGAUCAUGAGCAUCGCCUGCUUCAGAUGGAAAAUGAACAGGGGCCUCGGGUUCACGAUGUUCAUUCUCUACUUCGUCUUCGUCGCCGUCUCGCUGAUGUUUGAGUACGAGAUUCUGGUCUGUCCGGUGUAGGGCAGCCAGAACAGCGCAGCCGGGGCAGCAGAGGUCCUGAAACUCUUCCGGAGAAAGGAUGCAUCUGCGAACGGACGCACAUUUACGGGUCUCGUCAUCAUCAUCAUAUCGUCGGCGAGUCUCGGCCGACGAGAGAACUCUUCCCCGCGAUCGCCGCAUCGAGUCGAGAAGGAAACCGUGCCAGUCAUUAUAUACCCUUCCCGCGCGAGUGAAGGAAACUUAAUGGUCGAACGGCAAUAGCAGCACCAUCACACCACUAUCACCGAUCAUCGAGUCACAAGAGUUUUGCGUGUCACGCAGAUUAUGAGGCGUUUUGUUUUAAUCGCGAGAGGUGUAUAUAUUGUAUAAAUCUUGAAAUACCUGAAACGAAAUACUCGUCUUGUUAAGGACUGACCGAACAUACCGCUUCGCGCUCGGGAGUGCGCGUUAACUUAUUAUUUAGGCACGGCGAGCGCGUUAGCCGAUCGUGCCAAGGACCAAACCAGCAUAAUUUUGUAUAAUCCAUGGAAGGAAUCUCUUGGCACAAAGUUCGAGCCGCCUUAGUCAUCAUCGUUACUUUCUACUUCUUUUUUUCGUUUCUGUACAUCGUACAGCGUAUCGAUUCUUGUUGCAUAACAAAUAAUACAUGAAACAUAUGUGGUACCAAUUGAUUAUGAUACCACUAUUAAUCGACAUUUAAUUGUUUAGACUUUUACAACAGAAAUUUACAAAGAAUUACCUAAUAAUAUUCUGCAACGAUAUUUUUAAUUAUAUUUGAUGACAGAUAUGUAGCGCUUGAUUCGUACAUUUAUCGAAACGUUGUUAUUUUCCAAUAAUUACCAGCAAUGUCAGAUUUUAAAGGCAAAAUUACUUUAUCAAUGUUGUUGGACAACAUGCUCCUGUAAAGCUUCUUGUUUGACUCCUUGGCACGCUCACGUCUGAAUAUUAUGUAUAACAUUAUAUCCACGAAGGGGAAGUGACUUGACCGCUCGCCGAAUUUUCUCUAAAGCAAGAUUCUCUCUUCGCCUCUAAUCGUAGAAUAACAUUAUAACUUUACACUGUUGCACUCACGAAAUCCAAUUUGAUGCGGUGCGCUGUUCGGUGUUUCAAUAACGGAACGGUGUUUGUUCCAAAAUUUCAAACAGAUUUGUUUAUUUUUGUGUUAAUCAAAACAACUUACAGUGUAUUAUGCAAGGAGACUUUAUAGUACAUUUUUUCCACAGGAUAUGUGUUAUUUCCAUAAUGAAUUUCCUCUCAGUGUAACAGCUAGAACACAUCAUUAUAAGUUUAAAUAAGAUUUUUUUUAUUAUUUCAUUGAUUCAUAAAAUGUGCUCCACAUUUGUGGAAUAAGAUUUUCAAACAUUGAUCCGUUAAAUAAUGUGAUUAAGACAUUGAGAAUCGUGUUUUAAACGAAGCGACCGAUCGUCGCACCGAAUUCUCAGUGUACGUUCGGAUCGGAUGUUAUUGUUAAUGCGUGAAUAAGAUAUCGGUACAAUAAUAAUAAUCAAUUGAUCUAUUUGCUGCUUACAUUUCCUUCGCUUUUGUUUAGAUGAAUUAUUGGCGACAGAUGCAGUGAACCUGCGGGUUGACUCUCGAGCGAAAUCAAAGGAAAUGCAUUUAUUGAACGUUCAACGUUAAUUUAGCAAGAUGGUUACUUAAAUUAUCCGUUAAAUGUUUGAUUAAAAGAAAGCGAUUUUUAAUUGAUUAAACAUCCAUCCUGAAAUGUAAUUUGAAAAAUGUAUUACGAUAUUUUCGCAGGAAAUAUAUAUCGCACAAUCGUAGAAAUCUGACAAAAUUAUUUAUUGCUAAUCAGCGUGAAUUAAAUUCAAAUGCAAGGAAACAUCUUGUUCGCGUAAGACACUUAGAUCCGAUUCGAGCGUCUUUUCUCUUAAAUGCAAUUACUAUUACUACCGUAAUCUGCAAGCGACAUGCAAAGGCAGAUCUUCCUAAAAGCAUAGAGAAAAUUGCUACAAAUUGCAUACUCAGAGGCAUCGUGCGAGGAUUUUGAAGAUAAAUCGAGAACACUCGUAUUGCUUGCUGAUGCACCUCACGCACGAUUGAAUCCUCGUGCGAUAUUUUCUAGGGAAAGUAUCGAGAUGCAGCUGUGAAAAUGUGAAAUUACAGAACGUGCAAAUAACGUAUUAUUGUGUUAUAAAUUCUUAAAGGCGAAAGAAAUAAACAAACAUCGAGAAUUGCACUUUCUGUGAUAUCUCAUUAAUCUGAUACUCUCCGCGAGUAGCUAUUUUUUCGCUAAAUUCUUUCGAGUUUUCAACAUUGCACUAUAACACUCUAAAUAAGAUAUCGUUAGAAAAUAUGUAAUUACUAUUGUGGUUGUUGCAUGUACACAAUGAAGGUAAACGGGUAACAGAGUGACCAAGUUGACAUAGUGUGUAUGUGUGUGAAGUUGAGUGACAAUGAGAGUGAGAGUGUGGGAGAGAAAGAGGAAGAGAGAAAGAACGAAAGAAAAGAAGAAUGAUAAGAUAAAAUAAGAAAGAAAGGGAGUAAAAAAAAUAGCAACUUGUAUAAUUAAAGUCAGAGUGGGUAAUUUUUAGUCCAAGUUACAAGAUCCGUAUUGUAUAAAGCGUUUGUAAAGGAUACGUUUUAAGAAUAUAGAGGUAAUAGUUAUAAUGUGAUAUCGAUUAUAUUACACAUACGAAGUGAACAAAUUACUAUUAUAAAUAUCUACGCGAUUUAAAAUAUGCAGAGAAGUAAUGUUAUAUUCGGUAGCUUGUGAACGCCUAAAAACGGCCUAGCUUUUUAUUGAGCCCACAACUGACGCAAAAAAAUCGUUCAUGGCAUGAAGAAAAAAAGACAUAAUUAUGUAAAAGUACUGUCAACUCUGUUAAUCGCUAGACAAAUUUUAGAAUUAUCAAAAUCGUAUGCGUGCGUAGUAAAAAUUCGGCGAUGAAACAUAUGCGGAGAAUAUGUGUGCAUUACAUAUAUAUUACAUUCUUAUACAUAUAAUUACGAUAUAUCUGUUGCAUUUUUGUAUGGUCCAGACGUUGGAAGCAAAAGAAAGACAGUUAUCCGCAACUUAACACUACACAUUGCGCCAUGCAACAUUUAUGGCACAAUUCACGCCCGAUAACUAUUAUAUUUAACCUUCCAACGCUAUGUCUACCUGUCUCCAAUCUGCCCAAACUAUAGCUAAUUGCUAUCCAAUUUGUGCACUCGAUUAUUGUAGAAAUUUACGUACUCCUCAUUGCUGCUUCGAAUCCACGCGCGACAACAAGCGUUAUCUGAUCUACACUUCUAUGCCCGAAGAGAGAGGCUACAAUUAUCCGGUUAUCCGAGACUUACGAUAUCAAGGAACUGGUCAUAUCAAGGCAUUGGAUAAAACCAAAAAUGCCAGGAUAAUAACAGAAAGCCUCGGCGAUAUUACCACGUGUGCCUGCACACAUGUUCCGGCAGACGAUAUGAGCACAACAACAUUCUGUUAGAUAUGCAUUUUCUUUCGCGCAAGACAACGCUUACUACUGAAUGACAAAAAGCAAUUAAACUACAAUAAUAGCUUGAAGAAAAAAGAUCGUGCAGAUAGAUUGUAUUAUAACUACUCAGAAUACAGAUUAUUAUGAUAAUGAGAUAAGAACAAGCAGUGAAUAAUAAUACUUUUCGCAAGAGAUGCUUCCCCUGAAGCAGUGAUGGCAGAAACGUUAUACUGGAAAAAAGAAUUUUAUCUACGAGCGAUGUAUUGGCAAUUAAUUCUAAAUUCUUUUUUAUUUGCGUAAAAUUUUAUUUUUUAAUGCAACUGUUUUGAAAUUGUCCGAGUUAUUUCAGUCUUACAUUUCUGCCCAAUGAGCAAAUUUGAAGAUGAGAGAAUUUUAGACCGCAAGAGAAACAGAAUAUGAUUCUUAAGUAGUACAGGUCAAUCUUAAAGCGAGCACGAUCAGAUUCUGUAAAUAAAAAUCUUGGGCGGAUGAACUUCUGCCCGACGUAGAAACGACCAAAACCGCUCGAUACGGACGUGACAGCUGGUGGUUAACUUUCGAGUUUAGCAGCGAUCGCCGGGUGGAAAAGCUGGGUUCUUUCGUGACAUCGAACAUAAAUGGGAAAAUGUGUAUGAGAGCUGCGGGAGAGGUGGGGAAUGCUGUGCUAAGGUACUUUACGCCGUAGUGUGCGGGGCACGGAAAGGAUUAGUCUGUCAGUCGAACGAAACAACGAAAGCGGAUUAGCGGAGAAUCGCGUGAUAAGUCGAAGGUCGAACCAGGGGGAUUGAAGCGCAACGGUACUCGUGUAAUUUAUGCUUUGUAAUAUACCGUAAGACAAACAUCAUCGAAAGAAGAUAACCCGCUUUUGUUUGCGAACAUCGAGCCUUCGACUUGGAAUUAAUCUCUUCCGUAAUCUGUUUGAAACGAUACACGUACGAGAAACAACUUGUAUAAUAUUCCCUAGCUCUCCUAUAUAUAAAAUAAUGACGCAAAGAGAUUUCGAAUAUACAUGACUUGAACGUUUUAGCUACUCGAGGACUAGUCUUGUAUAAAAUAUGUACAUUUUAAUACACAAUAGCAAUUGUUUGAUCCGAUUCUUGCGUUAUAGAAUUAUCAAGAGGCACGUAUACACGCACGUAUAUGUAAAGUAUGAAAAUAAUGAAAGAAAGGAAGAAAGA